ACCACUUCCGUUAGUGUAUGAAACAUCACAUUUUUCGAAAUUUCCUUUUUGUUUAUGAAUAAAGCCGGUUGUAUUGACUCGGAUAUUUAUCGGCUUUGGAUUAAACUAGAAAAUAAAAAUGAAGAUGAAUAUCACUUCGGCUGCUGGAGUGAUUUCUAUGUUGGAUGAACCAGAACCACAGUUAAAAGCAUUUGCUUUGGAGAAACUAAACAGCAUUGUAGAUGUGUUUUGGGCAGAAAUAUCAGAAAAUGUGGACAAAAUAGAAGUUUUGUAUGAAGAUGCAUCAUUUAAAAAGAGUGAACUCGCAGCACUGGUAGCUUCAAAGGUAUAUUACCAUUUAGGGGCAUUUGAAGAAUCUUUGACCUUUGCCCUUGGCGCAGGAUCCCUCUUCAAUGUCAAUGAUACCUCAGAAUAUGUGGAAACAAUCAUAGCCAAAUGUAUAGACUUCUACACCAAGCAGCGAGUCCGAAACAUCGACGGCAGCCAUGAACAGAAGAAGGAGAUUGAUCCACGACUGGAGGCCAUCGUAAAUAGAAUGUUUCAGCGCUGUUUUGACGACCGACAAUACAAACAGGCUGUUGGAAUCUCAUUGGAAACAAGAAGAAUUGACAUUUUUGAGAGAGCAAUUUUGGAAAGUGAGGAUGUGAACACCAUGUUGCUGUACAGUCUGAAUGUCUGUAUGUCACUGAUACAGAACCGACACUUCAGGAACACUGUUCUUCUGCUUCUGACCAAACUCUACAUGGGGCUGAAAACCCCAGACUACAUCAAUGUGUGUCAGUGCUACAUUUUCCUUGAUGAUGCUCAGGCAGUGGCAGAUAUUCUAGAAAAACUUCUGAAGGGAACUGAGGAUAAUGCCCUGAUGGCCUACCAGAUCGCCUUUGAUAUGUACGACAGCGCCACACAGCAGUUUCUCCUCCGUGUACAGAACGCACUCAGAUCAACAGUCCCCCUCCCAGAGGUCGAAUCAAAGAAAUCAGCCGACGAAAAAGAAGACUCAAACGCAGACGAGGGAAAAGAAAAGAUGGAGGCAGAGUCGUCAGAAGCUACCCCCUCACCCAGCCCAGCUAAACCUCAGACUGAAGAAGAAAAGACACUAGCGGACAGAAUGAAGAAGCUCCAUACUAUUCUGGGGGGCGAGGUGACCAUCGGCCUACAUCUACAGUUCCUGAUCCGAAACAACAAAACAGACACUCUUAUUCUAAAAAACACAAAGGAGGCUGUGAGGAACUCUGUAUGUCAUUCGUCCACUGUCAUAGCUAACUCCUUUAUGCAUUGUGGAACAACUUGUGAUCAAUUUUUAAGAGAUAAUUUGGAAUGGCUAGCAAGAGCUACAAACUGGGCUAAAUUUUCUGCUACAGCUAGUCUAGGAGUUAUACAUAAGGGUCACGAAAAAGAGGCUCUGAAUCUAAUGUCGACCUACUUACCUAAGGACUCUGGCCCAGGGUCAGCAUAUUCUGAGGGAGGCGGACUCUAUGCUUUAGGUUUAAUACAUGCUAAUCACGGAGGGGAAAUUACUGAUUACUUACUCAAUCAGUUAAAAGACGCCUCAACGGACAUGGUGCGACAUGGGGGCUGCCUCGGUUUGGGUUUGGCUGCCAUGGGAACAGCCAGACAAGAUAUUUAUGAGCAGCUGAAAUUUAAUCUUUAUCAAGAUGAUGCAGUGACAGGUGAGGCUGCUGGGAUAGCUAUGGGAUUGGUCAUGCUGGGAACCAAACAGUCAACAGCCAUUGAAGACAUGGUUGCUUACGCCAAGGAGACGCAGCACGAGAAGAUUCUGCGGGGUCUGGCCCUGGGGAUCGCCCUGACCAUGUAUGGUCGUCUGGAGGAGGCAGACGCUUUGAUUGACAGCCUCUGUCUGGACAAGGACCCCAUCCUCCGCUGGUCCGGAAUGUUCACCCUCGCCAUGGCGUACUGCGGAUCUGGAAGCAACCAAGCCAUCCGUAAACUCCUGCACGUGGCGGUCAGUGAUGUAAAUGAUGAUGUCAGAAGAGUAGCAGUUACCUCCCUUGGAUUCCUUUUAUUCAGAACGCCAGAACAAUGCCCACAAGUUGUCUCCCUUCUGUCUGAGAGCUACAACCCCCACGUCAGAUUCGGGGCAGCCAUGGCCCUGGGAAUCGCCUGUGCAGGGACCGGACUCAAGGAAGCCCUCAAUCUGCUGGAGCCAAUGACCAAUGACCCCGUGAACUAUGUCCGUCAAGGUGCACUGAUCGCCUCAGCCCUGGUUCUUGUACAACAAAAUGAAAACACCUGCCCUAAGGUUGCCCACUAUAGAAGCCUUUACUCUAAGAUUAUAAGCGACAAACACGAUGAUGUCAUGGCGAAGUUUGGAGCAAUCCUGGCCCAAGGAAUUAUUGACGCAGGGGGCCGUAACAUGACGAUCUCGCUGCAGUCGCGCACCGGUCACAUGAACAUGGAGGGGGUGGUCGGGAUGCUGGUCUUCACCCAGUUCUGGUUUUGGUACCCUCUGACCCUGUUCCUGUCCAUGGCCUUCACACCCACCUGCCUCGUGGGGCUCAACGAGGAUCUCAAGAUGCCCAAGCUGGAGUUCCGCUCCAAUGCUAAGCCCUCACAGUACGCCUACCCCCCGCCCCUGGAGGACAAGAAGGAGAAGACAAAGGAGAAGGUCCUCACUGCGGUCCUCAGCAUCACCGCCAAACAGAAGAAGAAGGAGGCUGAGAAGAAGAAAGAUGAAGAAAAAAUGGAUGUGGAUGAUGAAAAGAAAGAGAAAGAAGAGGAGAAAAUGGAGACAGAGGAAGGAGAGAAAGAAAAACAGGACAAAGAGAAAUCAGAGAAGGAGAAAGAACCAGAAGCUAACUUCCAGAUGCUGGAUAAUCCCGCCCGAGUCAUGAAAGCUCAGCUGAAGGUGUUGGUCAUGCCAGAAGGAAGCCGUUAUGUACCUGUGAAAGACGUGUUUAAUGGAGGCAUUAUCUUGCUGAGGAACAACAAACCAGGAGAACAGGAGGAGAUCAUUGAACCAGUGGCAGCUGGAGGACCAAAGAUUGAGGAGGAAGAUGAACCCGAGCCACCAGAGCCAUUCGAGUGGACCGAGGACUGAGGUCAAAGAUGUGGAAUAUUACCAUUGCCUGGCAACAACAAAGGGAAUUGAUAUUGUGAAAACUUUGACAUUGUAAACAGGGGGCGUGGCCCUCAUCAUGUGACAGAAUGUUUGUUUCUUACAUUUUAAAUGUAUUUGUGAAUCAGUUAUAAAAAUUAAACAAUUACAUUAG